AUGGUGGCGAGCAGGGAUGACGAGAAGGGCUGGGAGAAGAUCCGGACCCGGAUUGGCUCAAGUGGUCUGGGGUGGGUACAAACGGGGUCGGAAAUAACGAAUGAAGAGGCCCGGUAUCAUGGAAUCGAGCCAUCUUGCGCGAAAGCCGAAGAGCGGCACAAUGGGCCAAGACUCAAGAGUCAAGAGACUGCCCUGCUCUUCAAGGGUUGCAAAGAGGGGCGAGCCUGGCGGCAUACCUAUCCUGCACCUAGCGACUGCAAGCUGCAGAUGCAGCAGAACGGACAAGAGAUCCCUGGACUGGAUGGGCGGGUUGGGCGGGUUUGGCGGGUGACGGCCGCGCUCGGGUAA